AUGGAAGACAAAAAAGAAGAAAUUAUCAAAUGUUUGGAAAAAGCGGCAGAGCUAUUGAAAGGCCCAGGAAGGAUGGGAAGUUCUCAACCUGAAGCUGCUGUGGCACCAAUGCCUCCAAGUUUCCGUUAUUCACAACUACCAGUUAACAAUCACAGAAAUCAGCAGAGCGAUUCUGUUCCUAACAAAGAAGAAAAAAAACUCUUGUUUGAGGCUGGAUUAGGAGAGAAAAAGAUUACAUUUGUCAAGAACAACAACCCAGAAGAAUUCACAAAUAAAUUAGAGCAGAGUUAUCCUAAGUUGAAAGGAUGUGGAGGAUAUGAGCUUCUUAGAACUGUGACAAAUUCAAGAACUGAACUUGAACUUAUUAAGCCAGGGUCAAAUGGUUACACUUCAGAGUAUUUGUCCAACAGUUAUCUUGGUCAAGCAACAUGUUUUAUAAGACCCAUACAGGUUGACCUUGACAUUUCUCCUGUUGGAGAGGAGCAUGUUGGUAAAAAAGAAAGGUGUCUAGAAUGUGGAGAGGCUGUUCCACUCAUUCAUCUCCGAAAUCAUAUCCUUAAAUGUAAAAGUACAGAAGAGAAUGAUGCUUAUCAUAAUGAUGAUGAUGAUGAUGACAGUCUGCCAACUAUGCAGAAAAGAAAACGUCCAAAGAAAUCACAUGUACCAAGUACAAAUAGACCGAUUUGUGAAUAUGCAUGUGCUUCAACCAGUAAUAACUCACAUAGCAGCAGAAAAGAUUCUGAAAACCAAGACAAAGGAACAUGUCCAAUCUGCAAAGAAUUGUUUCCAGUAGACAGUCUACAACAGCAUGCUGCUACAUGUGGUGAUGAAGAGAUGCCAGGGAGUCUCAAGGUUGCUCUGACCCAGAAAAGAUCUGUGUUUGAAAACGAGGAUAAAGAAGUGUGGAAUAUCAAAGUCCUGAGACGAAAUUUCAUGAAAACAGCAAUUGAGCAAUUGGAGGAUGCUGAUCCAGAUGACUGGAUAAAGAAACCAAAGGUUGAGUUCAUUGGAGAGGAAGGAAUUGACUGUGGUGGACUUUUCCGGGAAUUCUUUUCGUUACUGUUCAAGGAUGGGGAAGAAUUCGAAGGAAAUAAUUUCAGUGUCAACUCAAAACUUCUUGACCAAAAGAGAUACAUGCUGGCUGGAAAGGCUGUAGCCACAUCAAUUUUACAUGGUCAUCCAGGUCCAAGGAGAUUAAAUAAGUAUGUGGUGGAUUACAUUUUGACAGGAAAAAUACCAAAUAUGGACAAUGUUUCUACUGAGGAGUUAAACAGGGAGGAUUUCAAACAUGCUAUAAAACAGAUGGAGGAGGCUUUGCCAGACAAAAUAGAAAGGGUUUACGAGGACUGCAUAACAUUACUGGAAAAUGCAGGGUACCAGCAACGACUUGUGUAUCAAAACAAACAUGAUGCUGUUAGGGCACUGAAAGCACAUUGUCUUCUGUAUGGCAAGAUGGCUGCCAUUCAGCAGUUCAUAGAAGGAUUGAAGCUACAUGGAAUUUUAGAAAUUCUCAAGAAGUUUCCAGAAGAUGGAGCCAAAGUACUCUCUGUGGACAACUUUCCUACUGCAGAAGAAAUACAUUCAUUUCUGAAACCUACUUUCUCAGACAAGGACGAGGAAAAAAAGAAAGAGGAGGCCAUAAUAUAUAACUUCAGCAGGUUUCUUCAGAGAGUAGAACGCAAGAAAAUCACAACUACAUGCAUUGACCCCUUUGCUGAAGUUCCAAAAGAGGAAGAGUUGUGUUUAAACAUCAGUCACAUUCUCACCUGUCUCUUGGGCUGUGAACGAAUACCAGAAAAUAUUCCCUAUAUAGUGAUAGAGUUCGACCACGAGAAGUGCAGCUUGCCAAAGGUCAACACAUGUCUACCUUCUGUUGUCUUUGCCGACACCGAAAAGCUCCAAAAUUAUGCAUACUUUGAGGAAAUUAUCAUAAGCACAGUUGUCGGCUCAUAUGGUUUUGGGUGUGCUUAGGGUAUUCAGGCUGUGGUAUAUAAUAUGUUUAAACACAUGAACUUCUCUUUCAAACUCAUUUCUUUCUCUGAUGUAUUAUAGAUGUUGAUUAUGUUCUUACAAA